GCAUCAGUUUAGCGCUAGAAGGAAAUAUAGCAGAAGAAUCCCCACACCCAAAUCCACCCAUAAUUAGUCGGUAGUGGUGGGUGGCGAUGAAAAUGCAGGAUGAAAAGCUAGCACAAGGAAGCGUCACACAGGACACAGAAGCCAAGGAGGAGGAGGAGGAGGAGGAGAAACACCGACGUCGCCAUGUAACAAUUAGGGUGCAGAAGGAGCACGCAAAUGACAUUGUUAUGAAAAUCAAACGGGAUGUUCGUCUAGGUCGGAUGAUGCUUGUUUAUUGCGAUCAUCUCCGGCUGGAGGCCGCUGCUCUAAGGUUCAGUUUCGAGGGGAGAAGGGUUCAGGAAUGGGACACACCAGAGGGGAUAGGCCUUGAGGAUGGGGAUAUCAUCGACGUCUGGUCUGAUAUGUCCGGGGGUGGCGGUGGUGGUGUCAUCUCGCUGUAA